AUGGCAGACGUCGAAGGUGCUCUCCCCAUCGCAGCCCGCAGAGCCCUCCGAACCACCCUCUCCCUAACCAAAGACCCAUUCGUUGAGGCCAUUCCCAAGGUCGAACUCCACGUCCACAUCGAAGGCAUCAUAACUCCAGAGCUGAAAUGGAAGUUCUCUCAACGAAAUGGCGAGACACUCACGCACCCACGAACCGGCAAAGUCUUCUCCACGCUUGCAGAGCUGCAAGCCUCUCAUGAUACUUUGAAACCGCCGGACGAAGGGCGGAUGGACAACGCCGAGGAGACUCUGUCCUUCUUUGAGAGCUAUUAUGGCGGGUUUGAGGUGUUGAAGACAAAGCAGGAUUACUUUGAUCUUGCUAUGGAUUAUUUCGAGCAUGCUGCGAAGAUGAAUGUGCGGUAUUGCGAGAUUUUCUUUGAUCCGCAGGGCCAUACUCGGACUGGAGUGAAGUGGGAGACCAUGAUGGAGGGGAUUCGUGAGGCGCAGUCGAAAGCUGAGAAGGACUUGAACGUAAAAUCUGCCUGGAUAAUGUGUUUCCUCCGCGACUCAUCGCCAGAGUCAGCGAUGGAGCAUUAUCUCGCCGCGCUCAACUACCGCGAUAUGAUCGUCGGUGUAGGUCUCGAUUCCAACGAGGACCGACGGCCACCUAAGCUCUUCGAGGAGGUGUUCGCGCGGGCGAGGGCGGACGGCUUCCGGUUGACGGCGCACUGCGACGUGGGCAAGACGUAUCCGCUUGAGCAUAUACGUCAAGCGAUUUGUGAAAUUGGUGGCACUGGCGCUGAGCGUAUUGACCAUGGGCUGAACGUGGUGGAGAGUUCGGAGUUGAUGGAGUUGAUUCAUCAUAAAGGCAUUGGCAUGACGAUAUGCCCCUGGUCGUAUAUACGACACCAGCCGAUGGACGAGGUAUUCGAGCGAAUCCGUGCGCUGUUCGACAAAGGGAUCAAGAUAUCUGUCGCGAGCGAUGAUCCAGCAUUUAUGGAGGACACUUGGAUUCUAGAAAACCUGCUUGUGUUGAAGAAGCAUUGUAACUUCUCAAACCUUGAUAUGCUGAAGCUGAUGAAGGACGCGGUGGAUGUUUGUUGGGCGCCAGAAGGGGUGAAGAAGGACAUCGUGGGCGAGUUGGAUAAGUUCUCGUCCCACCUCUCCAACGCGUAG